AAUGGCCUUGUCGCUGCCCCGACUGCGCCGUCGACGACGACCACUGCUGUUGGCAGUGCUGCAUCGGGUGCCGGCAUGGGCAUCCACAACAACCCCGCUGUCAUGCCGCCGCGCACUGUGCCAAUGGUCAACUCGUUCGGUGAAGCCGCUCCUGCCGGUGGCGAUCACUGGCCCAAGACACCCUUCAUGGGCAGCAGCGACGCGUCCGUCACAACCUCGUCCAUCUCGUCGACGUCCUCCUCGUCCCACCGCCGUGACCGACUCGGCCGUGACCGUGAACGCGAUCACCACAGCAGCCGAGACCACCACCACCACGCUCGUGAGCGAGACCAUUCGUCGAGUGGCAAGCGCCACCACCACCACUCGAGCCGACGACACUCGCACCACCGCAGCAGCAGGCGCCAGUCGGACGACAGCGACUCGGCUGGCUCGGACGAAGAUGGCUCGUACGCGCGCGGCGGAUUGCGCCGUGCCCGAAACCACUCGUCCGACUCUGGCAGCAGCUCUGCAGAGGACUCGGACGACACGGACGCCGAGGACGACUCGCGCCGCCACACCACGGCCGUCACGCGCGCCAACGCUCGCCAUGCGCUUGCGGAGGGCUUCCUGCUCGACGACGUGACCUGCGGCCAGUGCGGCAAAAUCUUCCGCCGUCCCGACCGCCUUUCGGCGCAUGUCCGCACACAUGCCACCAUGCGCCCCUUCGUGUGCACGAUGGCCGAUUGCAGCAAGACCUUCCGCGAGAAGGCCGCGCUGAAGAAGCACAUGAUUUCCCACGGCGACAUUCGUCCGUACACUUGCGAGCGUUGCGGCGCGGGCUUCAAGUUCAACCACCACCUGAAGCGCCACGACACGCGUUGCCUCCACCGGCUCAAUCGCAUCUGCGGCAGCAAGGCUCCGCCCACCGUGCAGCAGCGCGCGCUGGAGAUGCUCAGCCAGGCUGGCUUUCGUGCCGUUGCUGGCACUGAUUCCGUGAAUCUGGUCAUGUUCAACCCCGAGUCGAUGGCGACCACCAAGCCCGAGGAAGCAAUGAGUGGCACUGCGCCGAGUGUCUCGUCUCCCGAGCACGAGCACAACAUGUCCGCCUCCGACGAUGCCAGUGAAGCGUCCAGCAACCAGCACUCGGCCUCCUCCCUCUCUGCCACAUUCGAUCUCCCCACUUCCUGGAAACCCGAGGAUUCGGGCGCUGCUGACGCGCACUCUCGUUAUUCUCUGGUCCCUGUUGCACCAUCUGCGACGCCUGUUGCUUGA